GAGAAUCUUUAAUAUUUGUCUUUUUAGGAAAUAGUCUUCAAUCUUCAUGUCAUUAUUGUUCACUAUCAACAUCUGAUGAUAAAAUACUAUUUAAUUAUUUGUCAACAUCUCCAUUUUCUGAUACAAAUUCUUUUACAUUAAAAGAAGAAGAUCGAACACGUUAUAUUCAUUUAUUAAAUCAUACAUAUGAAGAAAUAGGUGGUGAAUUAGGUCAUUUAUUAAUGGAUAAUAAUCAUAAUGAAACCUAUCGUUUAUUUGAAACAAAAUCAGUUAUACAUUCAAUUUUGAUAAAUAUUAUUGAAAUCUUAUUUACAAAUCUUAUACAUAGUGAUACAUAUUUAAGUGAAUUAAUUGAACAAUAUAUACAAUUUUUUCAUAUAUUCUAUGCUCAUUUUAUUCCAUAUGUUUUCCAAAAUUUUAAUUGUUUAUUUGAUAUACCCAAUGAUAAAUGUUUAAAUAGUUCAUUUAAUAUUGUUGCUAUGAUUUUUCAACGUGCUUGUUGUCAACAGAAUGAAUCGAAAUGCUCAUUAUGUAUAGAAUUAUUAAAUAAUAAGAAUUACAGUAUUAAUAUACAAAAUUCAACAUUAUUAUUUGCUGAUGAAAUACAACGUGUUCGAUUGUAUUAUUCAAAUUUAGAACGAACAUUAACUAAUAAAAAUAAAUCAUCGGAAUAUUCAUCAACAAAUACAGGUAUUGAUCAAAAAUUUGAAUUAGAUGAUUCAAUUUAUUAUAAUCUUAUUGAUUAUACAUAUUUACAUGCUGAUGAGAUAAUUAAACAUUUGAGAAAUCAAUCAUUUGAUAAUGAUACCUUAUCUCUAUUUCUUAAUCUCAUGCAAAUGUAUCAGUCAAAUGAAAGAAAUUAA